GAAAACUUCCGGUUUCAACAUAUCGUACUCAGGAAGGACGACAUUUUGAUAUCGACGUUUGUGUUUUGCUUUAGCAAAAUGCCAGCCAUCUUACUGGAGAGGAUUCCUCUGCCCAGCCUGCAGACGUACACAGCUUUCAGUACAGUUCUGCUGACAUGUGCCCUCUUCUACACACAUCAGACAGUCACCUCCACUCCAUUCGAAAGUCUGGAACAGGAGGUUGAUGCUCCGAUCAAGACAGAGGUCCCAGUAACGGAGAACCUAAGUGAAGAUGACCCCGAGAUCAUGAUAUCUGACCCGUGGAACACCACACUACCCUACGACUCCUACGAGUGGAAUUUCCUGUUUGUCAUGACAACUCAGGCAUGGUGUGUUUGGACACUGGUAAAUACAGCCUAUUGCUGCCUGAUCCUCCUGGGCAAGCUGAUACAGCGCAUGGUGUUUGGAGAGCUCCGAGUCAGUGAACAACAGCACCUGAAGGACAAGUUCUGGAACUUUGUGUUCUACAAGUUCAUCUUCAUCUUUGGUGUGAUGAAUGUUCAGACUAUGGAGGAGGUGGUGCUGUGGGUUGCCUGGUUCUCCGUCCUUGGCUUCUUCCACCUCCUCACACAGCUCUGCAAGGACAGGUUUGAAUAUUUGUCCUUCUCCCCGACCACAGCCCGGUACUCCCACGUGAAGCUCCUCAGUCUGCUGUGGGUGAUCCUGGUGUCGUGUGGAGGCCUGCUGCUUGUGUGUGUCUAUGUGGGACUUCAAGUCGGCCUCACUAUACUGGCCUUCAUGGCAGCGGAGUGUUUACUGCUUGGAAUCAGGGCUCUGUAUGUUGUCGUGAGGUACAUCAUCCACCUGUGGGACAUGAGCAAGGAGGGUGUGUGGGAGAACCGAUCCAUGUACGUGUACUAUGCCGAGCUCAUCUUUGAAUUGGCCGCCCUCUCCAUCGACUUCUGUCAUCACUUACACAUGCUGCUGUGGGGCAACAUCUUCCUGAGCAUGGCGAGUCUGGUGAUCUGCAUGCAACUCCGCUACCUGUUCUACGAGUUCCAGAGACGGGUCAAGAGACACAAGAACUACCUGCGGGUGGUCAAGAACAUGGAGGCCAGAUUCCCCAUGGCAACACAGGAAGACCUGGAGCAGAACAACGACGACUGCGCCAUCUGCUGGGAGAGGAUGGAGUCCGCCAGGAAGCUGCCCUGCUGCCACCUGUUCCACAAUUCCUGUUUACGAUCAUGGCUGGAGCAAGACACAUCUUGUCCAACUUGUCGCAUGCCACUGAGUGACGGUCAACGCGAGAGACAGAACGUGCCACAAGGGGGACCUGCUGAAACAGGGAAUGCUGGGGCGCCACCAGCGCCACCUGCCAACGCGGCAACCACUAACCACUUCUUUCAUUUCGAUGCAUCUCGCUAUGUGAGCUGGUUGCCGAGCUUCUCUGUGGAGGUGACUCACACUAACCUGUUGACAGGACAACAACAAGCACGGGUGUCCCCCACCUCCCAACUAGAUAACAUGGCCAGACAGGUGCAGGCAGUUUUUCCUAACAUGCCGCUGGCUACCAUUGUGGAUGAUCUGGGAGCUACUCGGUCUGUGAACCUGACAAUAGACAACAUUCUAGAGGGAAGACUUGUAGCGCCACCAACACCAGUACUUGCCAACAGACCCAGUGUAGACAAUGACACAGAUGAUGAACAGAAUAUGCAGCAGAUAGCAGUGCCAUCUACAGUGUCUCGGACUGGGCUCAUGGGCUUGAGGGCUGCAUUGGGUGACACCCACCUGUCAGUGGGAGAUAACACUGACAGUCAGCCAGGCCCCCUGUUGGCUCAGGCUGAGGCCAUGGUCCUAAACUCAGGGGACUUUAGACACAGUGAGGAUGUUCCUUCACCCCUUGGAGGAAGGUUUUCGAAAUCUGCAUCUGAGAGAAUGUCAAUGUUAGAACACAGAAAGACAUCCAUGGUUGAUCAAGCCAGAAGGAAAUAUCUUCAGAAGAACAAACAUAAUACAGAAUCUGGUGAUCUUUCAUCAUCGUCUCAAUCUGAUCAGUCGGAUGACUCAAGGUCACAACAGCGCGAGGUGAUAUUUCAGGCAGCCCAGCGCAGACUGAACUCUAUACACCACUCUCAGUACAGCUGAUGGCUAGGGCUCCUUAUCUGUAUAUACUUUGUGUACUAAGUACAUUAUUUGUAAUUAUUUGUAGCCUGGAUAUUACAGCAUUUGUGAUAUUUCUUUUUGCUGUGGGUGCUGUCUAUAAUUAGACAUGCCUUAAAUUAUGCGUUUGUUUUGAUUGCAAGAAAUAUUAGGCAUCCCACCUUACCUAUAUUCCAGACUUUUAAACCCCUUCUAAUAAAUGUGUAACUAACCCCAAAGGAAUUUUUGGGUCAUGGACAUGUCAGUGCUAAGGCACAUCUACCAGCUGAUCAGAGUUGUGUCCCUUGGCUAAAAGGAUCCACUGAUUGUGGGAUCAAGUCCGAGAUUCAAACUGAUUAGGAUCCGUGGUCUGUCAGUAUACUUGUAGUUUUCAUCAAAGUGGUAAAUGUCUUUAUCAUCCAAACCUAGGUUCCCCAAACAGACAAUGUUUUGCAAAAUUACAUUU